AUGACGCUUACCAUGUGUUUCGCGCUCCCUCCUUCGACCCCUGCUCUUAAGCGCUCACGUCCACGUCCUUUGAGGUCUCCCAACCCCCCCACCUGUAUUCUCAGACCUGCCAAGUCCGCCGCCCUCUCCCUCUCUGCUGCUGUAGCCGCGACGCUUCUUCUCGCUGCGCCUUCAUCUCCAAAAACAGUUCUUUCCUCUAACACGAUUUUGCGACGGUACGUCGCUACCGAUUCGGAUGCCAUUUUGCGCUACGCCCUGCCAUUGCCCUCUGAAAGAACUGGAGAGGCAAACCCUCCUACUAUACGGCGUGCGCAGGAGCUUCUCGAACGACUUGGUGUCGAUGUCCGCGCUCGAGGCGCCGCAGGGUUAAUUGCAGGGAGGAGGGACCUUACAAAGCUACGCACUUUGCUUUUAAACGAAAGAUUGGACAUCUUGUUAGGCGUUCCGGCGAAGAAACGCACUGCAGCAGCAGAGUAUCUGUCUAGUAUGGAAAAAAAUAUUGCUCGAAUUGAAGGAGAACUCGGUUUACCCAGCGUUUCCCCAGGUUUCGGAGCGGCAUCGGUGUUUCCCAAGCAAAUCAUCGCUGUUACUGACACGAUUCAAGAUGUCGUCGAGAGCAGAAAUAGCAUGUCGAAGAGAACCAAUUUUGAUGGUAAGCGUUUCCUCUCAAUAUGUACGGGUUUUUUAGAUAAGCCUGUCCCCGGGUUGUUCGGUGAACUAACAACAAUGAGUUUGAUAACUUUCUCUUUGCACCAUACAUCUUCACGGAUUGUCAGCUGGGUACGUAGACGCGUUGAGAAGAGAUGCACUUGA